UAUGAAAGGAUGUGCCAAGCGGCAACGAAGCCCACUAAAGCGUGCUUUAUAACCGGACGGAAGAACUAAAGAACCCUGCAAACGAACUGAACAAUUUAUGAAGACAAAUAAGAGGAAACGAACAUAACAAGCAUUUGAAGCCAAUUAUGGGAUAAAAACGCAAAGAUAAAUAUUAAAAGUUUACAAACAAAAAUUGGUUUUAAAUAAAGCAACAAAAAUGUGUUUAUACUUUGGCGCAAUGGAUUACUUAAUUGACAUAGUGGCUUACUGCGUUUGUCGUGUUAUUGAAAUCUCGUUUGUAGCGUUUGUUAUGGUGUUUGGCAGCAAAACGAAGUUCCUAUCCAAAGCUUGCAGUGGUAUCAACGGCACAAACAUUUGUAGAUGUGGUACCAUGGCGAAUACGUAACUGUUUUCAAUUAAAUAUUGUAUCACAUCAGUAUAAAACAGUGAUAAACAGCGCAGACAGAACAACGCUACCAAAUAAAACUUGAAAUGUAAAAUUUUAGCGCAUAAUAUUGAAACGAAAAGGACUUACUUAUAGUUAAUAGAUAUGAUUUACUCUUUUACGAAAUACUUGCAACUAGACGAAUAUUGAUAAGUACAGAUAAAAGUGACUGAAAAUGUUUUAUAAAAAUAA